AUGGCGUGGCUGCGCUACUUGCUUCGCGACAUGUCGUCCAACUACACAUUCUCCAGCGUCGACGGCAGCGAAAGCUACACGGAUCACCGCAACACAGGGACCAUCUUCGUUGCGGGCAGCGAUCAGCUGCGCUGUGGCGGCGCUGCCGUCACCCAGUCAAACCUCAGGGCAACGAGCGUGCUGGCGUUUCGGUCCACCCGCUUGACGGCACGUGCGCCCUCUAAUGGCACCGCCCCCUGGAUCAUCAACGCCUCCAUCAUCAUGUCACAGCCAUCCGACCGCGUGUAUCCGUCGCUGGAGCCGCUUGGCAGCGACAAUUUCCCGAGCAGCGCUCCCACCGUCCUCUACCUCACAUUCACCAUCCCACCCAUCAACCCCGUCAACACUGCCACGGUGCCCGCCACGACCGCUUCAUAUCCGCUCUGUGCACCGCGCACCAUCCAGUCUGACACGUGUGCGCGUGUGUCUGUUGACGUUCGCGCACUCGAACGCGCAAUCAUUCGCCCGUCGACAGAAGAGGCAGGGGUCGUCUUCAUCGCAGCAAGGAACGUGGUUGCGCGGGCGACGUCGGGGCUGGCGGUGACGGCUGCAGUGCGGGUGCAGCUCGGAUAUGCGCAGGUGGUGGAGGAGAUUGGCGGCGGGCGUCUGCUCGUGUGCGGCGUGGGCGAGGGGCGCUCCAUGUGCCAGCUCUUCAGCACCGCAACACUGCAGGAGCUGGGCGAGGCGUGGGUUGCGACGGGCGUCGUUGCGCGGCGGGAGAGCAUUCGCGCCACGUAUCUUCGCAUCGACAACAACAUUUACGCCGGCCUUCACGUGUUCCCGACGUUUGGGGAGAGCAACUCGGCCAACGCCAUCACCAUGGCCACGCUCGACAACACAGACAACUGGGCAUACACAUACGGGGAGGACAACAACGGUGUGCACAUGACGACUGCGACGAGUGUUGACACGUGGCUCGCGCAGCCGGCGGAGGACCGGGCUACACCAGAGUUUGUUGGCAGCUGGACGCGCAAUGCGAGUGAUGCGUACGUGUACUUUGCGUACACGGAAACAGACGUCAACAGUGGCGAGAAGCAGUCACUGAUUGCGCGCAUAUGCAAGGACGAUCCAGGCACCUCCGUCUUCAACCUCUUCAACUCAUUUGUCGCCAUCCGUAUCAAGUGCACGUCAGGCAGCGUGCCAAUGGACGUGAUGACGGCCGCUGCCGCCACCCCGCCCCUCCCCUCCACCUCAGCAACACAUGCACAGCGCUUCUACGCUGCGUUCCGCUCCACAGACGAGGGUGUUGGCGGCGACUUUGGCUUUGGCAUCUGCGCAUAUGAGUAUGACGGCCAGUACAGCAUCAACUAUGAGCUCUCUGGUCGCAUCGAUCCGCAGCUCAACCCGAGCGGCCCAGACUUUGCAUGCAAUCGCGAUCUCGGCCAGGCCGUCACCCUCGUCAGAGCAAACGACGCGACAAACGCUGAUCCGGACCGCCUUGGGUUUCUGCGGGCGUCGAGUCCGCUCUUUGCCCACCAGAGCAACGCCCACAUUGUAGACAUGCACGUGGAUGUCGUGACGCAACCGGACGGAACAUCCAUCGAUGUCAUCUGGGCAGUCGAUAACACAGGUGUUGUGUUCAAGGUGCCCGUGCAGCCAGACGGCGCGACGCCAACAUCAGAUCGCGUCGCCGUCCUCAGACCCCCGUCCCCAACACCCGUGUCGUUUGCGCGCGUGUAUGUGCUGCCGAACCAGACCAGCGCUGCCGUUGCGUUUGAGGACCAGGUUGUGUCCCUCAGCAUCGCGGACGAAUGUGCCGUCCACACCACCUGCACAUCGUGCAUGCAGGCACGCGAUCCAUACUGCGGUUGGUGUGCGGCCACGGCAUCCUGCGUGCUUGCAAGCACGUGCCCCGACGCGGCCACAAACUGGGCGUACUCCGUCUUCACAGCCAACACGGACGCAUGCGACGCACACCCCGUCGUUGCCGAUGACGUGACAGCUGUCGCCGCGACAUCCACGUCCGUCUCCCUCGCCUGGACCGCAGCCACGGCCUCAAAGGACGGAACGUUUGACCCCCCGAGCUACACGCUGCUGCAAUCUCAAGAUAUGGGCGAUGAUGACAGCGAUGAUGACAGCAGUGGCGGCGGCGUUGUGUUUGGGCCAACAACGGCUGCGAUGGGCGCUGUGAUUGCAGACCUGACCCCGUUCUCCUCAUACACGUUCACACUCAUCGCCGCCAACAACGCCGGCGAAACGCGCACACGUGUGCGUGUGUCCACGCUGCAAGCUGCACCAUCCGCUGUUGUCAACGCGACCAUCACCGCCACCGCCAGCAAUCGCAUCUCUCUCGCCUGGUCUGCACCAGCACGCAGCAACGGCGUCAUCGGCCGAUAUGUGGUGCUGCGGGAUGGGGCGGAGGUGUGCUGUGACACAGGUGUUGCAUCAGACAGCUCAGGCACGCUCACCUUCGCAGAUACAGGCCUGUCUCCAUUCACAAAUUUCACGUAUUCCAUUGCGGCUGUGACGGGCGACUUGGCGACAAAUGCGCUCACAGGACCUUACACAAACCUAACGGCAGCGACGAGCGAAGCGCUCUCUGGUCCCCCGUCAUCGCUCACAGCGACCGCCAUCUCAGAUACGGAGGUUUCUGUGGAAUGGAUGGCACCCCUACAUCCCAAUGGGCACAUUGUUCGCUAUGAAGUGCUUGCAGCGGGCGAGCGCGUUUUGUUCGAGUCUGCCACGCCCCUCAGCACGCAUGCCAAUGUUUCGUGCUUGCAAGCAAACACGGAGUACAGCCUUGCAGUUCGCGCCAUUAACGGUGCUGGUGCAGGCGCGCUCAGCGACGCCACAACUGUGCGGACGCUGGCAGCAAGACCACCUGCACCGAACAUGCCCGUGUUCGUACAUCCUGUAACGGCCAACAACACGCUGACCGUUGUGAACAUGACGUGGGCGCCGCCUGCUGGAUAUGAUCCACUGCUCGUCCUCCAAUAUGAGGUUGAGCUUGCAGUGCAGUACGGCAACUGGUCGCUGCUGUAUUCGGGACGGCGUCUCCAUGCUGCUAUCACCGCUCCGUCCCCCUGCACGCGAUACUACGCCCGUGUUCGGGCGUUGUCCGAGAGCGGUGCCGGCCCGUUUUCUGGCGUCGCCAUGACAACGACGUCCUCUGGUCCUCCUGCUGCCCCCAAUCCGCCUGAAGUCGUGUUGCUUGCAGGCAAUGACGGCCGCGCACUCGUACACUGGUCGCUGCCGGACACAUGCGACCUCGCUGGCGUUAUUGUCCAGCAGAGCAUUCGUGGAGAAAAUGGCGAGCAAGGCCCUUGGACCCACGUGUGCUGUGGUGGCGAUGAUGGUGAUGCGAUUGGUGGCAUUGGUGGCGGCGGUGGUGGUGCGAUAGCAACCUCGUUUGCACCGUUGGUUUCGCCCAACACGACGGCUUUCUUCCGCAUCGCAUUCAUAUACGAGCAGCACAGUGGCAGCAGCGUGUUCCGAGGGCCCCUGAGCAAUGCAACGGCUGUGUUUGCUCCGCCAAAUGUCACUACCACCAUUGAGUGCGAGCCAACAGCUAGUACAACCACAACCAAGACCGUUGCCACCACAGCUGCAAAUAUCACAACCAGUGCCCCACCCACAACAUCAACGCCGACGACGACGACACGCGGUGACGGGUCGUUCUCGGCGCCAUCAAAGAUUGCGCGGGUGGCUGCUGUGCCGACGGGCGCGUACAGCGUGAUGCUGACGUGGUCGUCGCCGGCGUCCACAGGCUCCUCUCCGCUCGUGCGCUUCGAUGUGUUGCGAGGCGACCUGGUCGUCUGCUGCGAUGACGCAAGCGACUUUCUCCUGGAGGACGUGGGCCUGUUGCCCAACACCCUUUACACCUACCGCGUGCGUGCAUGGAACGCGGCAGGGGCGGGUCCCCUGAGCGACGCCAUCACCGUGACGACAGCGCGUGCACCGCCACCAACACCGGCCUAUCCGCUGCUCGUUCGCGCGGGUGUUGACGCCUUGACACUGCGGUGGGAGCUUGAUGCAGCCACAGCGACACAGCUCGUCAACCAGACCAUCCAGGUGUACGAUGGAAGCAGUGUGCUGGUGCAAACGCUGACACCUGCCGUGAGCACGCGCACAACAAACGUGACGCAACUCGCGCCGCUCACCCCGUACCGCGUGGUGCUGACUGUCACCAUCAUGGGCGGCCUUGACGCAAUCAGCGACAUCAGCCCGCAGUAUUUUACGCAACCAAACGCAACGACACGCCCCCUGGAGGUUGCGCGCGUGCAGUUUAAGCUGCCAGACACGUUUACGCCCGAGCUGGCGGACGCGAAAUCCGCUCCGUUUGCGUCGCUGUCUUCACGGGUGUCCACGGCGGUAGAAUCGCUGUACAAGGACACAACCACGGGUACACAGACGUUUAUUGUCGUGUCGUUUGCACCGGGGAGUGUGGUUGUGACGGGCAACCUCACGACACGCAACGGCCCGCCGCUGGAGGAUGUGGUCACGCGGCUCAAACAGAGCGCAGACACGGGUGCCAUCGCCUCCCUCGCAACAGUGCCCAGCACCUUUGAGCGGCUGACGGAUGCCUCCAGUACGGGUUCGUGUUCGCCGAGCACCAGCGCCGCCGCCGCUGUUCCGCUCCCCGCCGUCAUUGGACUCGCUGCUGCCCUUGCUCUUGUCAUCGCCAUCGCCACGUAUCUCUACUGCCGUGGCGGUGGCAGCGGGGUCGCACGCAGGCGGAAAUCACACCUGCAAGUGGUUGAGCCGAUGACGUUUGCGAUGGAGACGAUGGAGCGCCGCGUGUCGUCGUCGAAUCACCGCCAGCACCACCGCACGCCGUCUGACACCAGCAGGCACAGCUACGGCAAUGGCAACAACGGCAGCACCAGCAGCAAUGGGGGGAGCAUGCGGACCAACCCCACAUACGCGGGCAACGUUGGGUCCGUCCCAAGCGGGCACAGCGGCAGCGGGAGCGGUGGUGGCAGCGGACAUGCGAGCCGUGAUGGGAGCACGCGAUCGUCACCGUGGACAACGAUCCGUACAAACAGACCGCUGGGUAGCAGCCAAGAGCACCUGCACCAACAGCAACAGCAACAGCAACAACAGCAGCAACAACAACAUCCACAUCAGUAUGUUGCGUUUUCCAACAGCAACGGAGGAACGGCGACGUCCACGUCAACAACGCCAACGACAACGCGAAGUGCUGUUGGCGCGUCCGCUGUCAUGUAUGCAGACGCACACACGCAGGCGGCGGUCAACCGUGACAUCUCGCUCAAUUACGGCAUUCCCGUCAACCCCUCUGCCCUCAUGAACCCGCGCCCAACGCUGCGACGCAACGACCAGCGUCGCCAGCAGGGCAGCACGAACCACCCGCACCACGUACCACCACCAGUGCUGCCACGCAAGCCAAGCCAGACGAGCAUUGAGCCGCGGGAGUACAUGACGCCGCACCCUGUCGACCCGCUCGCCGACUGGCAGCCGGAGUACAACGACAUUGACGAUGAGGAGGCAGACGAGUACCUGCGCAUCCUUCGCGGCACAGAGGAUGGCACUCCGAUUGAUGAUGAUGACGGUGAUGGAGAGGCGGAGACGAGCGUCAGGAAUUCCCUGAUGGACAGCGAAGAGGAAGUGGCCCGGAAGCUGUCAGAGGCGCAGGCCGAGCGCGUGCACAACAACAAGGUUGGCUCCAUCGACUUUUCACAGGCGUCGCCACUGAAGAAGAGAUGAUGACUGUGACGAUGGAUGGUGGUGGUAGUGGUGGUGGUGUCAUACAAGCAUGUGCAUACUCUUCCCUUCUUGCCUCGUAGAGAUGAUUAACUUAUUCUGCCCAUCCGUGUGAUGUGUUGCUCGUUGGAUGUUGGAUGUUGUUUGAUGUUGUUUGGUGUUGAUGUUGAGUGUGCCUUUAAUUUGAGCGGCUGUUCAGCCGUGUGAAAGGAGUGUGCAUCAGACAAUAUACACGCAAACCCAC